UACCAAGUGAGUUUCCGUUCAUUCUCUCCGAACACUGAGAAACCGUUCUUCAACUGCCUUUGCGGUGAGUUUUCGAGAUUAAUAAGAUUCGUUUUCAUAUCACAGAUACUUACUCCCUCGGAGAUCCUUUUUCCUGCGACUGUUUUGGACCAUAGAUUCCAAUAGCUUCCAGUUCUUCCAUGGAUUCCAGAAAAUUCCAAAGCAGCAAGUCAUCUCAGCGGAUCUGUAAAUACGAUGUGUUUAUCAGUUUCAGAGGUACUGAUACACGCAACUCUUUUGUUGAUCAUCUUUUCGCUCAUCUCUCCAGAAAAGGUCUUUUUGCCUUCAAGGAUGACAAACGGCUCGAUAAAGGAGAACCCAUUUCAGCACAGCUUUUACAAGCAAUUCAUGAUUCACGAGUUUCUAUCGUUGUCUUCUCCCCUGAUUAUGCUUCUUCGACAUGGUGUUUGGAUGAAAUGGCUUCUAUAAACGAAUGCCGUAAAAAUUUGCAACAAACUGUUUUCCCAAUUUUCUAUGAAGUGGAUCCAUCUCAUGUACGAAAUCAUCAGAAGGGGGUAUAUAAGGAUGCCUUUCUUUUACACACUACGAGAUUUGAACAAGAUCAAGUCAAGGUUAAUCGAUGGGAAAGAGCUAUGAAGGAUCUGGCAGGAUUAGCUGGUUGGGAUGUCAGAAAUAAGCCAGAGUCCAAAGAGAUUGAAAAUAUUGUUCACAAGGUAAUAAGUAUAUUGGGUCAUAAAUUCUCAGGAUUUGUCGUUGAUGAAGUUAUUGGGAUGCAACCUCGUGUAGCAACAUUAGAAAGCAUAUUAGAAUUAAGCUCACCGGAGGAUAAAUUUAGAGUUUUGGGAAUUUGGGGAAUGAGCGGAAUAGGAAAAACAACUCUUGCUAGUGCUUUGUAUGAUAGAAUCUCUUAUCAGUUUGACGCUUGCUGUUUUAUUGGGGACGUAAGCAAAAUUUAUGGAGAUGGUGGUGCUGUUGCCGUGCAGAAACAAAUUCUUCGUCAAACUCUAAAAGAAGAAGAUGUAGACAAAUGCAGUCCUCUUGAAAUAUCCGGAAUCAUAACAUAUAGGUUUCACAAGAUAAAGGUCCUUGUAGUUCUUGACAAUGUUGAUGAAUCAAAGCAAUUACGGGAAUUAUCUAUAAAUCCUAAAUUGCUUCGUGCAGGAAGUAGAAUGAUUGUAACCACUAGAGAUGAGCAUAUUCUUAAGGCGUAUGGAACAGAUAUAGUUUAUGAGGCUCAACUGAUGAAAGAUAAUGACGCUCGUCAACUUUUAUGCAGAAAAGCCUUCAAAAGUGAUGAUUCAAGCAGCAAUUUUGUUGAGCUGAUCCCUGAGAUACUAAAAUAUGCUAAAGGCCUUCCAUUAGUAAUUAGUGUAUUGGGUUCUUUUUUGUGUACCCGAGAUGCUCCCCAAUGGAUAGACGCCUUGGAUAGAUUGAAGAAGAAUCCAGACAAAGAUAUUAUGGAUGUGCUUCGUUUAAGUUUUGAUGGACUCCAAGAUGAUGAGAAAGAAAUAUUUCUGCACAUUGCUUGUUUCUUUAAAGGGGAGAGAGUGGAUUAUGUAAAGCGAGUUCUAGAUGCUUGUGGAUUGUACCCUGGCAUUGGAAUACAACGUUUGAUUGAGACAUCACUCAUAAUCAUUAAAAAUCAGAAAAUUCAUAUGCAUGAAAUGUUGCAAGAAUUGGGGAAGCAUAUUGUUCGGCAACAAUUUCCCCAAGAACCAGGAUUGUGGAGUAGAUUGUGGCUUUACCUGGAUUUCUAUUAUGUCUUGAUGACAAAAACGGGAACAGACGAGGUUAAAGCUAUAGUUCUAGAUCAAAAAGAUGCCCAAAGCCCUCUGACGAUUGCUAGUGCGGAAGGAUUGUCGAAGAUGACAAGUCUUAGAUUGCUCAUAUUAAAUCAUAUGAAAAUUUCAGGAGACCUCAAUUUUCUUUCUAACAGCCUGCAAUACCUUAUGUGGCGCGGUUACCCUUUCACUUCUUUGCCAUCCAAUUUUGAACCCUAUCGUCUUGUUGAAUUGAAUUUGCGUAAUAGCAGCAUCCAUCGACUGUGGGACGGCCGCAAGGAUCUUCCGAUUCUUCCCUUUUUAAAAAGGAUAGAUUUAAGCAAUUCUAAAAAUCUUAUGGAAACUCCAGUCUUUGAUGGGAUUCCAGAACUCGAGCGGUUAGAUCUCACAGGAUGUACAAACCUACACCAUGUCGAUUCAUCAAUUGGAAUUUUGAGUAAACUUGCUUUCUUGAGUUUGCAAAACUGUAGCAAUCUGGUUGGCCUUGAUUUUGGCAGUUCCUCUAAUUUAAGUUCUAUGAGAAUUAUGGAGCUCUCUGGUUGCACAAAACUUGAAAACAUGCCAGAUUUUACUGGGGCAUCGAAUCUUGAGUACCUUGAUAUUGAUCAAUGUUCUAGUUUAUCUGCUGUUCAUGAAUCAAUUGGAACUCGUACAAAGCUUAGAUUCUUGAGUUGUAGAGACUGCACAAGUCUUGUGAGUAUACCCUCUAAGGUUUACACCAUCGAAUCUCUUAAAACUCUUGAUUGUCGUGGCUGCUUAAUACUUAGAGAAUUUCCCCGGGGAUGGUUUUUUUAUUUUUCUGUGUUCUUUCCAGCUUUGAUUCUUCUAGAUUUAGGCUUUUGCAAUCUAAGUGAAGUACCUGAGGGUAUUGGAGAGUUGAAGUGUUUAGAAAGACUAAAUCUAGAGGGAAACAACUUUGUUUCAUUACCUUCUACUAUCGCGGGGCUUGAAAGGCUAGCAUAUUUAAACUUGGCGCAUUGCCAUGAGCUUCAAUUUUUACUGGGGCUUCCAGUUCCGUGGGGAAGUGAUUCAUCAGUGGGAAGCUAUUUUAAAACGGAAUCCGGAUCUCGUGAUCAUAGGUCUGGAUUAUAUAUUUUUGAUUGCCCCAAGCUGGAUGUCGAUGAGUGGUUGUUUAACUCUGCAAUUGAGUGGCUUCGAUGUCUAAUUAAGGAACCCCGACACUUCCGGUGUGGCUUUGACAUUGUUAUUCCUUGGGAUUGGAAAAUUAUUGAUUCUUCCUCAAAUCAAAUUCUUCCUGAGUGGUUCGGACAUCAAUUUAAUGAGGCUUCAGUAAAAAGGAUAGAAGAUUUUGAUGUGAAUGACAACUGGAAUGGUUUUGCCUUUUGUGUAGCAUUUGAGGUAAACAAUCAUAACGCGAUCGCUGGUUCACCAGAUUCUUCCUCCUUGUCACGACCACAUCAUUUUUAUCUUUCUUUUGAAAGUGAAUUCACGGAAGAAUGCUUCGAUAUGCCACUCAGUUUGGAAUUGAACAAGAUUGAUGGCUCAAAAUAUCUUUGGAUAAUCUAUAUCUCUCGAGAGCAUUGCCAUUUUGUAAAAACAGGAGCGCGUAUCACAUUUAAAGCCCGCCCAGGUCUGAUGAUGAAACAAUGGGGAUUACGCAUGGUAGUCACGAAAUAUUUGUUUGAACAAGAACUCCAUUUUGUCAUUAAUAAUGUAGAAGAAAGCAGCUUGUGCCCUGAAAUCCAGCUUCCCUACAAUUGGUUGGUUACUGAGGAAGAGGAAGUCGAGAAUCAUGUAGCAAAGGAGAAAGAAAAUAAAUUUUCUAAUCUGGGCCUUUAGAAAUGCCGACCAGCGAAAGAACACAAUAUUUUCCCCGAGGCAUGAGCUCAUGAGAACGAAAACAUCAGAGAGGGAACAUAUGUUGAUAUAACCACUAAUAAAGGAAGGAAAAAGGGGGAACAGAUUGACUUAUUUCUAAACCUGCUCCACUAACUCCUCCUCUGACCCUUUUGCUGGAAAAGUCUGAAAAUAAGCUUCUAAGCAGAGAGAGUACAAUAAUCAAGCAGCAAGAAGCGUGUACAACAGAGAAGGAAGAAUGCUCAUUGGUAUAAAGAAAGGAAAAUCAUGUGGGAUUCAGAAUAAAAAGGCAAAAUUCAACCCUAAGCUCUCUAUUCAAGCAACUUGCUUCCUCUGUCAGAGCAACAGUUCACCGCCUCUCCACACAAUCACGGAACAGCUGAGGAAAAAUCAUAAGGCUGCCAUAAUCUCCCUCAGCAUAUAAAUAUGAAGGCCCAAGACGAAGAAAAUGAUCGAAUUCCUGAAGAAGAGAUAAUAUAAUUCAUAGUUUAAGUUUCUGUCUUAUAACUUGUAUAGUUUUAAGAAUAUCUAAGUGACAACAACCUUUUCGCCAUUCUUCACCACCAUUUAAGACUCCUCACGAGCAGAUUUUCAUAUUUCUCCAUUUUUUAUUUUUUAUUUAUUGUAAGA